AUGGAUCAAAAACCUUUCGCAACGUCAACGGGGGUCUUCCCUUUAUCUCUCCAAACAAUAACAUACCUCAUCGGUACUCUCUGUUGGCUGCAAAUACUCUACACUGCCUCCUACCUCGUACGGCCAUUUUGGAGCGCACGGCGCGAGUUUCCACCCUUCAACAAAGCCAUCGAACGCACAGAAGGAAGGAUUACCCAUGUCAUCCUCGGCACUACUCCACUCUCAGCCUAUAGUUCAGCAACUGCAACAGAGCGCCCGUGGCAAAUUUCAUCAGGCAAUGGUCUUCUGAGCCACGAGAACAACGUCCGUACCACCUCCCAGCCCACUCCCGGCUUGCUAGCCAGCUCAACCUGGCGACAGGAACAUCAGGACACCGAUUCCUCAUCGGAGCAAGAAAGUGCCACGUCCGAUUUAGGCACAGAAAAUCUCAGAGAAAGCUCCCCCAUCCAUGACACCAUGCGCAAGCUCCGAUCCAGCACCCGAGGCAGCAUCUCAAAGAUCGCCAGCUCGGCAAAAGCCAUCUUCCGACAACCGCUGACUGUUGUCCCGCGGAAUCUGGACGGCUCGCCUUCGAACGGGGAACGGGCGGAGCCAGAACUGGCUCCAGCUUCAGUGCGCACUUCGCAGCCUCGCUUUGUCCAGAACAUCUCCUUCCCCGUGCCCAUGUCUGCGUCUGCGCGUGUCGCGGAUCACUUCAGUGACCCUGGACCGUCGACUGGAAUCAAGGUGCAGCAGCCGGUCGCGUUUGGGGCGACUAUUGAUGCGGCGGUUGAUUCGGAGACGGUGCAGAUGGAUCGUGCGCGCAAGUAUCACUCUAUCGAGAGUUAUCCGGGGAAGUUCCCUGUUAGUGAUGCGCUGGAUUAUAGCUCGCUUGCUACUGCGCAUGCUGUUAGAGGAAGGGGGACUACCUCUGUCCGGCCUUUCUCGGACUACUAG